AUGGGUGUGAUGAAUGGAACCACCGUGUCAAAUGGCUCAAGUGUGGACCGAGACCACUGUGAUGCCUACUGCAGAACAAUUCUGGUAAUAGCCUAUAGUGUGGUUUUAUUUGGAGGCACCCUUGGAUCAGUUAUGAUGUCACGCAUGAUGUUUAAAAGGAAUAGCCAAUCAGCGAUUGCCACGAUCAUCAUUAAUAUCAUUGUGCUGCACUCCCUCCUCCUGGUUACUCUGCCGUUCCGCCUCAGCUACUACCUCUCAGCAGUCUGGAAGCUUGGGUCUUUUACCUGCCGAGUGGUCAGCGGUGUCAUAUACGGUCAUAUGUACUUUACCUUUGUUUUCUAUGUGGCCAUUGUCACACUUCGGUUGCUCAUCUAUUUUAAGAAACUCCAAAUGCAACAGUUACAGAAGUUCCAUGCUGUGGUCCUAAGUAUUAUUAUUUGGAUGGUGGGAAGCUUCAUCUUUUUGCCAAUAUUUUUUUUACAGUAUGGCACAGAUCCAAGUUAUGUAGAACAACAGCGAUGUUUUGAGUUUCAUAGAUCUCUCAACUGUACGGAUAUCAUCAUCUUGAACUACUCUAUGAUUGCCAUUAUAAUGACAACAGUUCUGGUCCUCUUUCUGAUACAGCUGGCUGUCAUUCUGUGUUUGAUAAGAGACUAUUGGCCUGAUAUGUGGGCCCAUCAAGAGUACAGAGCCCAAGUCAAGAGUUUCUUCUUUCUGAUAGUCAUAGUUGUCUGCUUUAUACCCCACCAUGCAUUCAGGGUGUAUUUUAUUCAAAAUUAUCCAGAGGAAAAUAAUUCUAAGUUAAUACUUUACAAUGAAAUCUGUGUUGCUUUAACAGCCUUCUGCUGCCUGGAUAUGUUGUGCUUCAUAGGUGGCAUCAUCCAUUAGACCUUCCUAUGAUUUUUUUGUGACUGCUUUAGAGAAUAUCAUGAUGAAUAACAUGUCAAUUGAAUAGGUGAGGGGCUGUUGUCAUCUUAAAAAUUUCCAAGCUCUGUGUUCCUGAACACCAAAUUUUUAGAUUUCUUUUUGCCAAAACUAUUUUCUUACAAAACUUAAUUAACCAUAGUCAUCCCCUUUACUUUGAGAACACUUACAGGCCCUAAAUGUAUCCCAGAAUAUGUUCUAUUUUUUUAACAUUUUAACAAUCAAACACGCAAUUCUUUCCAGUUUCCAUUUUAUGCAGUAUUAACUCAGUCAAUCACAUCUAGUGGUUAUUCCAGUAUCCUAUCAUUUUUACUAUCAUUUACUCUAUCAAAUUUUCUCUGAAUGUAUUUGAUUCCCCCAUUCCUGGCCACCAAGAUCUAGAGAGCCUAUAGAUAGGGGAUUUACAGAUAAACAGGGCUCUAAAGUUGCCUUAAUUUAUUCAACUUACAAUUUCCUAUGAUAUUGGUAAUGGGAGGGGAUCAUUAGCUUGAAUAGAGUGGUCAAGAGAGUUAGAAGAAACUCUUCCAUGAGAUUAGGCAUUGGUGUGGUUCAUUCUGAUCAAGGUAUAGUAUGGACUUGGAAGGCAGAGAUUAGCUCCUGAUCUACCUUCAAUACAACAGCAGUGAAAGACAUUGGAAAAGGCAUCAAGAAACUGGACCUAGGUUGAACUUGCCAAUAGACUCUUUAGGC